GCUCGCGCUGGUUCGAAGUUUAACGGAAUGGAAGGUGGGGGAGGAAUUUAGGGGCGUUUGAAUUGGCUGUGGAACGGCGGGCGGUUGGGAGCGCAGGAGCCGCGCGACCAGAGACGGACUCCGUCCACACUGCACACACAGGAGGGGGAGAGGAGAGAGGAACGAGGGAGAGAGAGGGCUCCACACUCCCCAGAGAGCGGCAGUCACCACGCAGCCCAAAGUCCGAAACUCUCCCUGUGUGUGUGUGUGUGUGUGUGUGUUGUGUCUCUCUCUCUCACUCACUUUCGUUUGAACCAUGAAGAAAUUCUCGCGGAUCUCGAAGCCCGAGGGCGCGGGUUAUAUCGGUGCCGGGGGCGGCGGCGGCGGAGGAGGCGGCGGCGGCUCGAUGGGAAGCGUCAGCAACUAUGUGGGCAGAGUGUUCAGUGUGGGCCGCUACCAGGUGACUGUGGAGGAGCUGAUCGCUGAAGGUGGAUUCUCCAUUGUGUUCUUGGCUCGAACCCACAGUGGAGUACGUUGUGCCCUAAAACGCAUGUAUGUUAAUGACCAACAUGACUUAAAUGUUUGCAAAAGGGAAGUAACCGUUAUGAAAGAGCUUUCAGGUCAUAAAAAUAUUGUAGGCUACUUAGACUGUUCCAUUACAGCCAUCAGUGAUAAUGUCUGGGAAGUCCUUAUUCUAAUGGAAUAUUGUCGAGCGGGACAAGUUGUGAACCAAAUGAACCAGAGGCUACAGACGGGUUUCAUUGAGACAGAAGUCUUGCACAUUUUUUGUGAUGUCUGUGAGGCAGUUGCAAGGCUACAUCAAUGCAAAACUCCAAUUAUCCACAGAGAUCUAAAGGUUGAAAAUAUUUUGUUAAAUAAUAAUGGGAACUAUGUCCUCUGUGACUUUGGAAGCGUUACUCAUAAAAUUCUCAAUCCCCAAAUGCAUGGUGUCAGUACUGUGGAGGAUGAAAUCAAAAAGUAUACAACCCUCUCUUAUAGAGCCCCUGAAAUGAUAAAUUUUUAUGGAGGGAGCUCAAUCACUACUAAGGCUGAUAUAUGGGCACUUGGAUGUUUGCUGUACAAACUUUGUUUCUUCACUCUUCCCUUUGGAGAAAGUCAAGUUGCAAUCUGUGAUGGAAGCUUUACUGUGCCAGACACUUCUAAAUAUUCUCACACACUGCACUGUUUAAUACGUUAUAUGCUUGAACCAGAUCAACACAAAAGGCCUGACAUUUACCAAAUGUCACAUUUUGCUUUUAAGUUAGCUGGGAAAGAAUGCCCCAUCCCGAAUAUAUGUAACGUUUCCAUCCCAUCAGUACUUCCUGAGCCCAUGACUGCCAGUGAGGCAGCUGCCAGAAAGAAUCAAACAAAAGCCAGGUUAAGUGAUGCUGUAGGACCAACAGAGACAUCAAUAGCACCACGGCAAAGGCCAAAAGCAACGACAUGUACUCCCAACACAAAUGUGUUACCGAUUCAGAACUCGUCAACUCCAGUGAAGAGGGUAGUCUCCAGUGGAUGUUCCAAUCAGGGGCAAAAAGCGAUUGCACAAGCUGGAAAUGGACAUUUAAUUCACACGACUCAGGGGACCAUUCAGCAACAGCAUCAAGUCCUGCAGCAGAUGCAACAGGGAGACUUGAAGCUUCAUCAACUGCAACAGUUAAAGCAGCAUCAGCUUCAACAACAAAUAUUGCAAAGUCAGGCUCAACAGUAUCAACAGGCUUUGCAACCAUCAAUACAUCUGCAACAGCAGCAACAAAUCCUGCAGCAACAGUUAAUGAUGCAGCCAAUGUACUAUCAACAACAGUCUCCUCAGUACUCUGCUUUGCAGAUGCAGCAAUACCAACAGGCCUUUCCACUGUCUCAGGGUGCCAUACAACACCAUCCGCAUUUUCAACCCUCCCCACACGAAUGUCAACCCACAUUAAUGGCGUUUGUUCCCCCAACCUCUCCGACAUCCCCACAAGCUUCUGGCCAUCCCAGGAUACAGGGUGACCUCUCUUAUGGUAUGGCUUUUGUAGUCACUGGCACCCAUCCAAUGCAACACAGCAGAACAGUGACUGUGGACUCUGCGAUUAACUCAGUCAGGCCUGCUUCUUUGGAAUUGGAUGCAGUCCCCAGCUACUCUCCACAGAAUAUGAGUAACCCUCCUGAUAUGUCUGGAUGGAAUCCAUUUGGAGAGGACAACUUUUCAAAGCUAACCAAGGAGGAACUACUUGAUAGGGAGUUUGACCAGCUCAGAGCAGGUAAACCAGAGCAGAGGAGAACAUCCAUAGAGAGCCAGAGUGAACCACAUCCUGUUCAACAGCUGCCAAUUAAAGAAGACUUGUUUGGUUGUGUUCCAUUUGUUUCUGAAGCAGGAUCGAGGGGAAAUACUGAAGAAAAUGCAACAGAUCCAAGAAUCAUUUCAGACCUCUCCUUUAAAGCUGAAAAACAGGGGCAAGUCAUCUGUCAAUUUGAUGAAGACAGUAAAGAAAGAAGAAAAAGUAGCUCAAGUUUAGUUGUGCAGCAGCAUAGAAAAAAAGACUUGGACAGCGAUUUUGAGUCUGAUCCACCCACUCCAAAGAGCAGUGAAGAAGAGGAACUAGAGGAGGGGUUCCACAGCGAGCAAGGCGAGUUUAAUGAAAACGAUGUUGAAACGGAACAUUUUGGGCAAAGGCCAUUGCUAAUGGACUCUGAAGACGAAGAAGUGGAGGAGGAGGAGGAGGAAGAAAGGAACAGCUCUGAUUCAGACUAUGAUCAGAGUAAGGAGGUUUAUUCUGUAUCAGAACCAGGCAAUGAGUAUAAUGCUGAUGCUGAAAGUGUUGCCAGUGCAGGGUCAGCAGCAGCGCUCAUCACUCCUCCAGAUUCACCACGGACCAAAGGGUGCACAACAUUGCAAGAAGUGGAUGUGUUUGGUGCCGUGCCAUUUGUUGGCCUGUCUCAGCAGGCACAACCCAGCAAGAAAGUGGAAAAUAAAGACCGUUUUCAAAAGGAAGAGUUUGAUGUAUUCAGUAAUGCGCCUUUUACCAAGAAAUUACCUCAUACAGUUCGACACGGUGACGGUACUUUGACACAAACCCCACCUGUUUCACCUAAUGAUGUGGACAUGUUUGGUUCCACUCCUUUCCAGCCCCUUCAAACAAUGCAAAGUACAGAAGAAAAGGAGGAUGUAUUUGGACAUGUUCCUUUUGAAGAAGUUACAGCCAGCCAGCAGCACAAGUUGAAGCAGCGCAGCUUACAAAAACUUUCUUCCCGACAACGCCGCACCAAACACGAAUCUUCCAGUGGAAAUGGCAAGCGUCAUCAUGGCACACCAACAACUGCAAGAAAGCCUUCUAAACCUAGCUAUAGAACUCCUGAGCGAACACGGAGGCACAAAAAAGUAGGCAGGCGUGAUUCACAGAGUAGCAAUGAACUGCUAAAUAUAUCAGACUCUAAAGAGAACAUUGGUGUGGCCCUUUCAGAUGGAAAAGAUAAAAAUCAAAUGUUGUCAGCUGAUGAAAGCCUGCUUGAUCCAUUUGGUGCUAAGCCAUUCCACCCUCAAGAGCUUGUAAGAAAUUCGCAGUGCCAAGCUCUAGGUGAUAACCGAGGGGACCAUAAUUCAGUUGUGAACAGAUCCAGACCAAGCUCUAUACAUGGGCCAUUUCACACUGAAAAUGAGCUAAAUACAGAUGAUUUUGGUGCAGUCCCUUUUACUGAACUUGUAUUGCAUAGUAUUACACAGCAACAUGGUGACUUUGAUCCAUUUGGUGCUGCACCAUUUCCUUCCAAACAGUGAAUCUUAGUCUUCCAGCACAUACUCAAUGUGCACUUUGUUCAAAACUCAUUCCCCACCACAAGGCCUUAAGAGCAGGGCCCUCCCCCUGCUACAGAAUACCUCUUGAGCAGUCAUAGUUGGUGAAAUCCCAGCUGACUUGCAGUCUCUCCCCUUAAAUUCAAUUUUCUCAAUGUGUGGUAGUAGCUUGUAUGAUCCACUUCAUUCUUAAUUUCACAUUUUAAAAAGAUUUAUAACCCCACCUGUUACAAGGGAAUUAAUUCUUUUUAUUAACUUUGAAUUUUUUCAUGAAAAACGUUCUUUUAUUUCUCAAUGUGAGGAAGUGAAAGGCGCUAUAUCAAAUGCAAGGAUUAUUAUUCUUAUACAGAACCUGUUUAAAAAUGUAAUCAUAUGUCCAUUAGAAAGGGACUUGAUUGAAGUUUUCAAACUGUAACUACACUCGAUCAUGUAAAUUAUGCAUUUUGCUUUUUCUGAGGUUGAGGACAUCCAGCGGAAAGAAUUCAUUUGUAGAAUGUAUCCGUAUUCCUCAAAAUAAUCUAGUAUCAGGCCAAAUUCUAUGUGUUCUGCUUAUUGGUAAAGUGAUCAUGAUAUGCAGCCAGUUUGAGAAGCAGACAUUUUUAUAUACCUGGAGUUGAAAUGCCCUUUCAUUAUUGUGUGAUUAAUAAUUGUUUUGCUUGUGUUCAGCCAAGCUGCUUGUGUGAAUGGAAAUCAAACUAGCAUCCAGCAUAUAGUAUAUAUUUUAUUGCUGAGAUACAGUUAAAGUGCACUUUUCAGACUUAGACUUCCACUAUCUAUUGAGGCUUGAAAAUGAACAGGUCUUAACUUUUUGUAUUAAUAGAUUUCAUUGUAAUUUGUUAAACUUGUCAUUUUUAUAUUUUGAUUACAAUUUGCUUAAUGAUUUUCUUUCCACUGUUAACACAUUGAGAGCUCUGUUUGGAUUUGCUCUUUGCAAGCUGUUCAGUCUUGAUUUAUCUUAAUUUAACGAUGCAUCAAGAGGGGUGGUUUUCCCAUAUACCCCUUGUUGUUGAUUGUAUUCAUUCUUAUCUGCUUUCCAAUGAAGCAAUAAAUUCUACUUGGGUCAGA